UGUGAGCUGUUUUAACUUUCAGCACAACAAGAAGAUCGUCUUGCUCCCCCCCCACCUACGAGGACUCCGUUUCCAUCUUGAAGAAGAGGCGCUCGAGCGUCGCGAUACGAAAAACCGAUUUGUUCUGCGUCAUACUUCCGGGAGCGUCUUACUUCCGGUAGGUCAGUUCUGCAGGAGCACUUCGAGUCCUCGGCGUCGUCCUCGUCCACCAGGAGUUCAUAGGCAGGAAACAAGUGGCUGCUGUACCAAAUUUUAUUCUGGAGCAAGUGGAGACUCGAUAAUAAUUUCGGGCACAAGAACUGGACGGAGGCUGAGGAAAUAAACUAGAAGGAAAAGAACGCAGUCGCAGAGGAUGCCGAUGUGGGGUUCAAUGCCAUUUUUUUCCAAGAAGACGCUGAUUGCGGUUUGGUGGGCCAGCCUGGUCGGGGAGGUGGAAGGUACAGGUGCUGCUGCGGGGAGUGCCGAUCUUCCCGCUCAACCUGUUAAUGAAGAUAAGAGAUUCGAUCCAACAAAACCAUUUAAGAUCCGGUUCCCAAGGGCCAAAGGAAUAAUGGUUACCGAGAUGCUAUUGCUGGCAAGAAAAAAAUCCAUCGCACUAACAAUCAUGCACAUGCGGAAUCGCCGCGCACUACAAAUCGUGACGCGAAACGACGAGAUGGAGAACUACUCUGCAUGCAGAUGUGCAAGCGCGGCGCUCCUUUUCAUUUUCAUUCGGCUUCACGCCUGGUGCAUGUUGCGACCCACUUGUCGCUUUCCUACUUGUCGCGUUCCUGUAGGCGCGUGGUGAAGUGAAUACUUAGAUUGAUACGCACAAACAACUGCUGCAGCUGACGUCUCACGUGCAGCUGACGCAGCUGGUCGAGAACUCGCUCGCCAGCUUUCAACUUUUCUUUUUCAAAUGAAAUGUAAAAGUAAAUUUUGGUUAUGAUUUUUUUUUUUUUUGCAGAUGAAAAAUUGGUAGUGUGGUGCGGGGAAUUUUUUUCUUUCCAUCGCGUCAGGGCUCUGACAACCUUCAAGCCAUGUUCGAUAAGGAGGCCACUUCACGUCAAGCUCAAGGAGCUCAAGAUUCAGGCGCAGCUGCUGCACAAGCACUCGUGGACCUGGCCGAACAGAUCGAGAGCCAGACGAUGGAGAUGGUACUCGUCCACCACGAUGCAGCGGAGGGACAAGAACAUGAAGUUCCAGGCGGGGUCCGCCACGAAGUCCCUAACGCUGAUCGUAAUAUUUAUUGGUGUGGGAAAAUAAUAUUUUCCCACAAAAUAAAGAUGUUCGAUACAAUAGCAACAGCAGAACACGAAGAAGCUGCAUCGCAAAAAUGUUUGAAGAUGUCGGAACCCCGCGAAGGAGAUUCGGGAGACAAACGACGCGACCUACUACUUGUGCCAGAUAACGGCGCCUGCUCCGACCUAUGCAUCGGCGGAAUUGCUGACAGACCUUCUUUGAGGUCGCAAUGGGAGAUCGCCACGCCUAACGGCAACAUUCUGGAGCGGAAUGCAGACCGACGAGUCUUGGUUGCGGACAAGGACAAGUUUGACACUCUGAAGGACACGGAUCUGAUGAACCCAGAUUCCGUCGCGGGUCUUCGCUCGAACGCGGGGGACCUUCGCCCCGCAAUUCAGCUUACGAAAAGACCCCACGCAGCGGAGAAUGGGUGGCCCCGCAACCUUGAGAUUUUGCAGGAAAGACCUACAUCAGGAGGGGAUGGCGGAACGAUCUGGAUAGGAACCACCAGUCCGGCUCAUCAAGGUGCGAACCAAAUGUAUUUCGCCGCACCGGCCGUUUCAGCUCCAGAGGAACCGGCAAGGGCAAGGGGCGAUCCGGAACCAGGUUUGUUUUUUAUCUUAUGCCGUUUGACUUGAUGUUGAUGUUGAUCUGUAUUCUUGACCUUUUAGUUUUUCUCUGAUUUUUGGCGUCCUCCCAGACGAGCCAGGUUUUUCUCAAAAAGAAAGGGGUCGUUGCCUGCACAUCAUGUUAAUUUAUCAGAAGGACAACUAGAGACAGGCGGAGCUGCAGUAGUAUCAGCCGUAUAAAUAUGCAUAAAACUCCUAUAAUUUUACAUGCAUAUUUGUACAAGCUGCACGCACUACCAAUACUUCCUACGAUCGCAAAACUUCAAUGAGAGUGUUGCCUUUUGUUCGUCCACGUCACCCAUAGUUUGAUAAUAAUUGUUCAGAAAUGAGUCACGUUCUUGUGCGUAUAAUUUACAUAUAUAUAAUACAUAAACGCUUACCUUUUUUAGAAGUCCAAGCCUACCGCGAAGCUUUAUGGUCCACCUUAGUUGUGUAUGUUAAUGCAUAAAUCUAACAGGCGGAGCCGGAGGAGCAGGAGGAGGGCCAGCAGAUCCAGUUCUUCCAGGUGCGAGCGUAUGAAAUCAAUGAUGCCUACUUGUGCUUUUGUUCGGCCACGCCCUCCCAGCAUAAUACUUAUUCUUUUUUAGUCCAGGCCCACCGCGAAUCAACAUUGUCAACCUUAGCACGUUGAACCACAGAGCAAGCACGUGGUGCUUACUUUUGUUCGUCCACGCCCAGCAUAGUAAUUGUUCUUUUUUAGUCCAGGCGGCCCCCCGCGUAGCAACAUGGCCCACCUGCUUUGUUAGCGUGAACCACAGACCGAGCACGUGACAGGUGGACCAUUUCACUCUGCGUCGGCGUGGAAACAGCGCUAGCGGCGGGGGCGCACGGGCCGCGUUCAAGCGGCGCGCGCAUAGUCGUGCCUUGAUAAUGGUCGGCCACUCCAGAACAAGUCUCGAGAUCAUAGCAUGUAUCCAGCGGUCUCGGGAUCAGGCUUCAAUAGCGCCAGCUAUCAACUAAUAGAGGAACACCGCGACGAGCUCGGGGCUUUUAGAAGUCCAGGGACCAAUCAUAGCUUUAAGCGAGCGCCAUUAGAUUUUCUUCCGCUUAGGGCCGCUUUCCCUCGCGCCGCGGUUGAAUCGCUUCGGACGAUUAUAUGGGCAUAAGUAAAAGUAGACGCAGCGUCGAGCACUUACGUGCUGGCUGCUGGAAAAUUACAAAGGCGCUUGUUGCUAAUGCCAAGGGUUUUUCAAAGGGGCAAAGACGUUUAGUACAAAAAUGAUCCAAUUCCAAAUGACUAUCAGGUCUAGUAGCACCACCACAAGCAGCAGCAGCAGCAGCAGCAGAAACAGCAGCGCCAGCAGCUGCUCCGCCAGCUGGGCCAGGUACUACGAGCGCAAAGAAAUUAAUGAUGUCUUUCUUUGUUCGUCCUCGGUCAUAGUAGUGAUAUUCCUUUUCCAUAGUCCCUGCCGCUGCCCACCGCAAAGCAACAUGGUCAACCUUGGAAGACCAAGCACGUGCCAGGUGGAAUAUGUCGCUUCGCAUGUCAGAAGGAGCACUAGAGGCAUGCGAAGGCGAAGCUGCAGUAGCAAUUUAGCAUAAAAAAGAAGCAAGAACAGGAGCAGCAUAAAAAAGAAGCAGUUGUGUAAGUUAAUGCAUAAUCAAACUAAUCAGGGUCACCACCACCAGCAGCACCACCACGACCACGAACUCGAGCAGUCCUCUCCGACCAACCGGUAUCCGUAGCAAUAGAUAUAAACGACCCCUCUCAUCCAUUACACCCCCACUACCAAUCACCAGCAGCAAAGCGAGGUGCUGCCCCUGCUCUGCCAGAUACAGGUACUACGAGCGCAAAAAAGUCAAUGACGUCUUUAUUUUUUUCGUUCACACCUUUUUUUUAUACUUUAGCAAGAGCAGGAGAAGCUUAAAAAAGAAGCAGUUGAUGUAUAAUGUUAUGUUAAUGCAUAAAAUUAAAACUAGCAGGUGGAGUAGAAGAUCCAGCACCACCACCACGACCACCACCAGCAAAACCGCCACCACCAAAACAAAAAGCGCCAGCAGCUUCUCAACCACCAGCACAGCUGGCUGGAGCUGCUGAGCCAGGUACAACUACGAGCGCAAAAAAUCAAUGAUGUUUUUAUUUGUUCGUCCACACUCAUAGUAGUGAUGUUGCUUUUUGAUAGUCCCUGCUCACCGCGAUGAAGCAACAUAGUCAACCAUAGGCACAGGGCGUUGAACCACCGAGAAAGCGCGUGCCAGUUGGAUCAUGCCGCUUCGCGGUUGGCGUCCAUUCCGCAGCGUCUUUUUACAGUUCCUCUUCAUGGAGGAGCUGCUGCGGCAAUAUGCAAUACAAAUUUGUCUGGCUCGCGAAAAAAUGACCUUCAGAAGAUCCUCCUCAGAAAGAUGGUCAAGGCCACGAAGCUGCAUUGUCUUCCCCAGUGUUGAAGAAGGGAGGACAGCUUGGCCUUCCAGCGGGCGUGCCUUUGUGAUACUGUGCGCCGCUCUUCAGAGUUGGUAGAGUCUUUGUAGGAAAAAUAACAGCUGCAGUGGCGUAGAUGAGACCUGUAACGACGCUUAGGCAUAGGCUUCUUCUGUGAAAAUAAAAGACGCAGCGAGCAAUUGCGUGCUGGCUGAUGCUGACGAGAUUUAUAUAAGCAGUGCGAUCAUUCAUCGGAGUCGAAAAAUUAUAUACUAUACUUACAGACGGCGCUCCGGCUCCGGCUCUCACUAUGCCACGACCACCACCACCACCACCACCACAAGGCCAACAACAACGACAACCACAACCACGACCACCAGGAGGAGCUGUGGAGCUAG